AUGAUUGGCUUCCUAACAUUGGCUGUAAUUGUACAGAGUGCUUUCGCUGGAAACCUCGUAGAAGUUCUCCAAAACGACGGGGAAACAACUCUUAUUGCUCUUGUACAGCAAACAGGAUUAGCUGAUGCUUUGUUAGGAGGGGAAUUCACAAUUUUUGCACCAACAAAUGCUGCUUUUGCCAAGCUUCCACAAGCUACACUUGACAGUCUUUCAAAGGACACAACAGCUCUGGCCAACAUCCUGAAAUAUCACGUUGUCAAGGGGUCCAUCCACAAAGCUGAUGCCUCUAAUGAACUUCAGUUGGAGACUUUGGCGGGAACCAAAAUCAGAUUCAACAUCUACAAUCACAAUCACGCUGUGACAGUUGAAGGAUCCAACAUCACACAUUUUGAUCUGACAGCUUCCAAUGGGAUCGUUCAUGUAAUCGACACCGUUAUGAUGCCACCAACAGGAAAUAUCGUGGAUUUGGUGGCUGGCAACAGUCAACUCAGUACUCUCCUAUCAUUGGUCAAAACAGCUGGCUUAGCUGGUUCUCUACAAGGUGAUGCCCUCACGGUUUUUGCGCCAACCAAUGCAGCUUUUCAUAAUCUUGGAUCCCACGUCCUGCAUAAUUUACACUCAAAUCCCGAACUUCUGAAAGAAAUUCUGGAAUACCAUGUUGUUCCUCACACUGAAUACUCUGCCGGUCUUUACAACCGCGAACACUUGAGGACAUUAGAUACUCGUCAUGACGUCAUCAGACUCGGAGUCAGUCACGGAGCUGUAACGGUGAAUAAAAAAGGCCAUGUUAUCCAGGCGGACAUAAGCGCCACUAAUGGAGUCGUACAUCUCAUUGAUCACGUGCUUCUUCCCGCUAGAAAUCAUCUAUCAUCCAUUCUAGGAUAAAAAUUAUUUAAAAUAUUUUAU